AUGACUACCGUCGCCAAGCUUCGAGCUCUUUUAGCCAAUGAGAAUGAAGUCGUUGUUUGCCCAGGCGUAUACGAUGGCUUCACAGCGCGUCUUGCACUCAAUGCAGGAUUCAAAACAUUGUACAUGACAGGUGCCGGAACAACUAUGUCUUGCCUUGGUAUUGCAGAUUUAGGGGUCGCCACCAUGAAUGACAUGCGAGAUAAUGCAUCCAUGAUCGCCAAUAUCGACCCUACCAUCCCAUUGAUUGCAGAUGCAGACACCGGCUAUGGAGGCCCCCUUAUGGUAUCUCGUACGGUCGCUUCAUACAUUUCCGCAGGCGUAGCCGCCAUGCACAUUGAAGACCAAGUCGUCAAUAAACGUUGCGGACACCUCCGCAAUAAAGAACUCGUUCCACUCCCAGAAUUCGUCUCGAGAAUUCGGGCAGCAGCUCUCAAGCGCGAUGAGCUGGGAAGAGAUAUUGUGAUUAUUGCGCGAACUGAUGCAUUAGCCGAUCAUGGUUAUGAUGAGGCUGUUUUGCGCUUGCAUGCCGCAGUGGAUGCGGGUGCAGAUGUGGCGUUUUUGGAGGGGGUCAGAAGUGUAGAGGAGGCGAAAAGGGUAUGUGAAGAAUUUGGAAAGAAGGAAGUACCGUGUUUAUACAAUUGUGUACCUGGUGGUGUGAGUCCAGUUUUAAGUGUCAAGGAAGCUAGGGAAUGCGGAUAUAAAUUGGUUAUCACGCCUACAUUAGCAUUAGGAGCCGUUUUUGAGAGUGUAGGAAAGGCAUAUAAAGAGUUGUUGGAGGAUGGGAACACGAAGGGUAAUGGAGUGGCAGUGAGAGAUCUCUUUGAUAGUUGUGGGUUGAAAGAGGCUACGGAAUUUGAUGUCAAAGCUGGGGGCAAAUUAUAUCAAAAUGGUAUUUGA